GUCUAAAGACAUGUUUUCUAUAGAAUUAAUAGUAUGUUAAUUGCUUUUUCACCUUUUAGGUCAUCAAGAAAAUAACAACUUCUGUUCAGUUAAUAUAAAUAUUGGCCCAGGUGACUGUGAAUGGUUUGUUGUUCCUGAAGGCUACUGGGGUGUUCUGAACGACUUCUGUGAAAAAAAUAAUUUGAAUUUCUUAAUGGGUUCUUGGUGGCCCAACCUUGAAGAUCUUUAUGAAGCAAAUGUUCCAGUAUAUAGGUUUAUUCAGCGACCUGGAGAUCUGGUCUGGAUAAAUGCAGGCACUGUUCAUUGGGUUCAAGCUAUUGGCUGGUGCAACAACAUUGCUUGGAAUGUUGGUCCACUUACAGCCUGUCAGUAUAAGUUAGCAGUGGAACGGUAUGAAUGGAACAAAUUGCAAAGUGUAAAGUCAAUAGUACCCAUGGUUCAUCUUUCCUGGAAUAUGGCACGAAAUAUCAAGGUUUCAGAUCCAAAGCUUUUUGAAAUGGUUAAGUAUUGUCUUCUGAGAACCCUGAAGCAAUGUCAGACAUUGAGGGAAGCUCUAAUUGCUGCAGGAAAAGAGAUUAUAUGGCAUGGGCGGACAAAAGAAGAACCAGCUCAUUAUUGUAGCAUUUGUGAGGUGGAGGUUUUUGAUCUGCUUUUUGUCACUAAUGAGAGUAAUUCUCGAAAGACCUACAUAGUACAUUGCCAAGAUUGUGCACGGAAAACAAGUGGGAAUCUGGAAAAUUUUGUGGUGCUAGAACAGUACAAAAUGGAGGAUCUGAUGCAAGUCUAUGACCAAUUUACAUUAGUAAGUGAAAUCAACAUGCUCCUCCGUUACCAUCCGCCUCAUCUUGAUAUUGUUCCAUGGACAUUAAACAUGAGACCUUUUCUGCUAUUCAGGAAGUAACCCAGUUCUGCACCACUGCUUUUUGUAGCUCUCUCGUAAGGCUGCUGGCUGAAAACUGUGUCUAUGCAACCUUCCAAGUGUGGAGUAUCAACCAACUGGAUGGGAGAGUACUGCUCCUAUACCAGGACUCUCGAAAAGCUAAUUAGCUGAACUUCAGAAAGAAAGAAUAAUUUCCACGUUUUGUAUAUAUCUGACAAAACUGGCAACAUCAUACAGACUACUGACUUGAAGACAACCUCUUUUAUAUUUCUCGAUUUAUGGGCUAAUGAAUUUGUUUUCACCUAUCUUUUCCCUUUCAGAAUUUUCCUUGGGGGAAAAAAAUACUAGUCAUUUCUUUGUUAAGGUAGUUAGCAAUAUUAAGUUCUUUCUUUUUGGUCAACUUUUUUUUUAAUGUGAAAAGUUAAGUAAGAAACUUUUUUUACUGCUUUAUGAUUUUUCUGUCUUGUUUUGAAACCAUGAUGGUUAUACUUUUGGUUCCCAAAUAAAACAUUUAAAGAAAAAUUAAUUAACAGCAAAGUCACAAAGAUAAUGGAUUGCACAUAGACUAAGAAAUAAACUUCAGAUUUGUGAUUUUUGUUUCUAAUCUUGAUGUAAAUUUACACUAUUUAUAAAUACAUAUUUAUUGCCUGAAAAUAUUUGUGAAUGGAAUGCUGUUAUUUUUUCCAGAUUUACCUGCCAUUGAAAUUUUAAGGAGUUCUGUAAUUUCAAACACUACUCCUAUUACAUUUUCUAUGUGUAAAUAAAACUGCUUAGCAUUGUACAGAAACUUUUAUUAAAAUUGUUUAAUGUUUAAAGAGUUUUCUAUUGUUUGAGUUUUAAAAAGAAUUUAUGUACAGUGCCCAAUUUUUGUUCAAUUUUCAAAUCUGAUUAUAUAUAUUUUAUAUAUACUUAUGUCUGUAUAUAUAAUAUAUAUAUAGAAAUCUAGAUAUAUAUGUAUAAAGAUUUAGAACUUGAAUUUUUCUUGUUUUAAGUUUCACAUCUAUGGUAGAUUUUUCAGGUGUCUACUGUAAAAUAUUGCUUACAAAAAGUAUGAUUAUUUUUAAAGAAAUAUAUAUGGUAUGUAUCUUCAAGAGCUAAAAUGUCAGACUGGUUUAUUGUUAAAUUGCAACUACUGCAAUUACAGACAAAUAAAAAAAAAUCUGCCAAAUGCAGUAUAAUAGAAAACAAAUAGUGAUUGAACUUAAAACUUUAAAGGGAGUUUUAGCACAGGCUUUUUGAAUCCUCUACAUGACUCAGCAUUUUUUAUUGGUGAAAAAAAUUCCAGGAUGAAGAGCCCUGUUUUAGAAUGCAAAUAAAGUAAGAGGCUUAUUUUUUAUUGUUAGGCAAUUUUGAAAUCUUAUGCCUUUCUGCAUGCAUGACAGUGGAAUGGGCAACUACAAAUUCCAUAUUGCCAUUAAAAUAUAUUGGAUUAUAUUAGCAUUCACAGAUUACUUCUGAGUUAAUGCUGGGAUUUCAUUUUAAUAAUGGCACCCUUCCAUUUGUACCUCCAUUUUCUGAAGUACUUUUUGACAUAUUUUCAUUUUAGAAUAUAGUUCUUAAGAAUUUUCUACAAAAUCAGUGAAGAAACAUAGAGAAUGCUAUAAAAGGUGGGUAGGUGGGUUGGUUGGUUCGUUGGUUCAUAUGACUAAAGAGAGUCUCUAGUUUUAUCUGUUGUACUGUCAUGCUGAAUAGGUUAUCUUUUCAGAUAGUUUUUAAGAGUAUGUCUUAGGAGCAAUUUAAGGAAUGAAAGUCUAGAAUCAUUUUAUUCAGUUGGUUAAUAACUUAGUAAGCAUUGAAUGUCUGUUGGCAUUCAUAUUUUUUCAGGAAGGAUUUAUUCCAAAUCACUUAUCCAAAUACUGAUCCAGAUAUUUAACCACAAAUAUUUUAAAUGGUUAUUUUGUGAAAGUCCAGAAAGUCCAGCAGAAUGAAAUAAGGAGGUAACACUUUUGUGAACAAAAAAUUUCAGCCAACCUUAGGAACAAAACUACAUGCAACUUUUCUUAUUCUGUUCUAGUUUGUCUUACUGACUUAUCAUUUGUGUGAUUUUGUUAAGGAUAAUUUUUGUCAAGAUGAAUGUGUUGUCUUACAUCUAUAUAAGAGAAAUUUAUGUAAUCCACAUUUGAAUAAAUAUGUCAAGAUUAA